CCCACGCACCCACCAGAACUCAGAUCCUCCCCAGAUCCCGAGGAUGGCGGUCAUGGCGUCCCGAACCCUCCUCCUGCUGCUCUCCACGGCUUUGCUGCUGACCAAGACCUGGGCAGGUUCCCACUCCUUGAGUUAUUUCUACACCGCCCUGUCCCGGCCCGGCCGCGGGGAGCCCCGCUUCAUUGACGUGGGCUACGUGGACAGCACGCAGUUCGUGCGGUUCGACAGCGACGCCGUGAAUCCGAGGAUGGAGCCGUGGGUGGAGCAGGAGGGGCCAGAGUAUUGGGAGGAGGAAACACUGAGAGCCAGGGCCCAGGCACUGACUCACCGAGUGAACCUGCGGACCCUGCUUUACUACUACAACCAGAGCGAGGCUGGAUCUUCUUCAUUCUCCUCACACUCUCAAGAUGAGCUGUGGCAAACUUUGAAGUACAAUUAA